AUGGACUCUGACAAAGAGAAUUUGGGCAAGCACCGGUUCAUACAUACAGCAGUCAACUUGCUCGAUGCUGAUCUGAUUUUUAGCCUGCACUCACUAUCCCUGGAGGAUGGCGAAAAGCCAGUACGGGGCUUGUCACCAGUCAAAAAAAAACCAUUGAUCCGGAGGAUUGCUUUGUCCAAGUAUGGCUACAAUGUCAAUCAAAGCUCUCCCUUGCCUGUGGACCCGGAGGACCCUCAAACACCUGUCCCACCUUACCGUCAAACUCCGCCACCUGUGAAAGUCUCUCAGAAUUAUUUGCAUAGACUUAUUGCUGAUCAUUGGGAUGCUGAAGUCAAAAGUAUCCUCUGGUUCACUGGCAUAGGGGCUGGUCUGUAUGAUCCGCUGGGCGGCGCUGGGGCAUUCUACCCAGAGGCUCAGCUGUAUCCAGAGUAUCCAUCACUAUUCCAGUGGGGUGCACAUUUGCUGAUCAGGUCCGGAAAGGUCAAUAUCACUGAGCAGCAACCCCACAUCCAGGACAUGCUGUGGGCCUCAAUUACCUGCCUUCAUAAACACAUUCUCUUCGAAAACACAUACUUGGACCUCCAGCAAAGGAGGAAAAUCAUGGCCAACAUACUCUUGUCAUGUGCAAAAGAUGGAGAGGAAUUUGUAGAUCCUAAAGAUCAUAUUGGCACUAUUCAUGCAAGCUACUAUGGUCCCACAAAAGGUGCUGAUGAUAGAGUUGUGAACCUUCUCAAAAACAAUGCUUACAUUUAUCCUGUGAAUAUAAAGAGGGACCCUAACCAAACCAAACUGUUUCAAGUGCCGGCAAUUUUGGACACUAUUGAGGAUGCUUUCUUCAGCGACGAGCUCGCAGUGGAAGUAAAGUGGCAUGAUCAUCUGACAUUAACAAUUGAUGAUUAUUCUGACGAGGUUGAGCUGCCUAUUGUGAUGGUGGCACUUGCUAGCACUGCGUCACACAAUUGA